AUGACGGUCGAAGAAGUCAAGAGCACGGUCCCUAACGAGGACCUGGACUCCAAGGCCACGGGCAAAGUCUCGUCGACAGAGUCUUCGUCUUCGUCCAUUGAUGGUCCUGUCGCAUAUUCCAAGCAGAUCGACUCUACAUUCGAUACAACCGAGGAUCCUCGCUUCUAUAAGCCCAUUCCGGAAUAUGAGGGUAUUCACCGCUGGGACCCUGAUUUUGAGUGGACGGAGGCAGAAGAGAAGGCGGUUGUGCGGAAGAUUGACUGGCGAGUAUGCACAUUCGCCUGUGUCACUUUCUUCGCACUCCAACUAGACCGCGGUAACAUUGUUCAAGCCACAUCAGACAACAUGCUAGGUGACCUGGGCAUGAACACAAACGACUACAACACCGGCCAAACAAUCUUCUACCUAACGUUCCUCUUUGCCGAACUCCCGUCACAGCUCUUGUCAAAAUGGUUCGGACCGGAUCGCUGGAUUCCCAUCCAGAUGGUAAGCUGGAGUCUCGUUGCCGCCUGCCAGGCGUUUAUCAAGGGCAAAGGUGGCUUCUUCGCGACUCGCGCUAUGCUUGGUCUUCUCGAGGGUGGUUUCAUCCCCGACACCAUCCUUUUCCUCUCCUUCUGGUACAAGUCCAAGGAACUUCCAAUUCGCCUCAGUUACUUCUGGGUAACAUACGAGGCGACCUCGAUAGUCAGUGCCUUUUUGGCAUUUGGUUUCCUGCAUAUCCGCAUGUCAGACGGUACCGGUGGUUGGCGAUACCUGUUUGCCCUCGAAGGCUUAAUCACCGGGCUGAUUGGUAUUGUCGCUGCUUUCUGGAUGCCGGCAUCGCCUACCCAAACCGCAGGCCGAUUCCGUGGAAAGGAGGGAUGGUUCAGUGAGCACGAGGAGAAGAUCAUGGUUAAUCGCGUGCUGCGUGAUGAUCCUAGCAAGGGAAGUAUGCAUAAUCGCCAGCCGGUUACCCCCAAGUUGCUAUGGCGGGCUCUGAAGGACUAUGAUAUGUGGCCAAUUUACCUACUCGGUCUGUCAUGGUGUAUUCCCAAUACCCCUGCGACAUCUUAUAUCAGUCUGGAACUGAAGUCGCUUGGUUUCAGCACUUUCCAUACCAAUCUGUUGACCAUCCCAGCCUACGUGAUCUUCAUUAUCAACUUGCUGUCGUGGACUUGGAUUUCUGAGCGUUUCAACCAGCGCUUGUUGCUUGGUGUUGGGGCUGAGAUUUGGGCUUUGGUGCUUUUGAUUGCCCUCGAGCUUCUUCCCGCAGACUCUAGUACUUGGGCUCGUUGGAUUCUUUUGGUCCUUUUGAUUGCUAUGCCUUAUGUGCAUGCUAUUAUUGUGGCUAUUACGUCUCGUAAUGCGGGUUCUGUGAGGACUCGGACGGUUGCGAGCGCGGUUUACAAUAUGAUGGUUCAAGCCAGUAACAUCAUUGGUAACAAUAUCUACCGUGAAAAUGAUAAACCCUUGUACCGUACGGGUAACAAGGUACUUAUUGGCAUCGCGUGCUGGAGUAUGGUGAUGUUCAUUAUUGCCAAGUACUACUAUGUGUGGCGAAACAAGAAAAAUGCCUCAAUCUGGGACAACAUGUCCAGCGAAGAGAGACAGCGAUACGUCGCCGAAAACAAAGACCUUGGCAACAAGAGAGUCGAUUUCAAAUUUUUGCACUAG